CAGAAGAAAAGAGAGAGGAGGAGGAGGAGUGGGUGAGGGACACCCCCCCCCGGCCCUCUGUAACGAAGGGUGCGCGUGCUUGCUCUGGGCGGUUGCGUGACUGAUUAAAAAGGUGGCGACUGGGACAGGAACGGCGCGCGUGCUUCGUUAAACGACUUAUCGCUGUCGUCGGCGCGUGGUCGGAGACUCGUCUGCCUCUCCCUUCCCCUCCCGCGCGCUCUCGUUCUGUCCCUGUCGUUUGUGAGUGUGCACCAGUGGGGGAGGGGAGCGAAUGAGGAGCCUCUGCCCUCCGCCGGUUCAUUUUUGUAUUCAUCUCUUCCAUGGUUGCUGCUCCACCCCUUUGGCUGGAUAGCCUUUGCCUGUUUCGCCGGGGUCCUAGAAAAGAAAAAAGGCUCGCGGCGGAGGGGGUGGGAAAAAGGUGACGACCUGGCGGCGGUAGCAAAAGGCAGGCGGGCGGGCGGCUGAGGCCCAGAGGAGAAAGAAACGGGGAGCGGCGGCAACUGGAGAAAUUUUCGGCGUAGCCAUUGGAACCUCCGGGACGGAUUUGGGCUGUUCGGUGUGAAAGGACUGGAUUUAACGUGGUGUGCUGUUUGGCGGCGGCGUGGUGUGCGGGUUGCGCGGAGGGGAUCCUGCCGGCGCCCCCUCCCGCCUCGGCCGCCUGCAAGGAUAAUUCUGACCUAUCUGGACCAUGGCCGACGACGACGUGCUGUUCGAGGAUGUCUAUGAGCUCUGCGAGGUGAUCGGCAAGGGUCCAUUCAGUGUUGUGCGGCGAUGUAUCAACAGAGAAACUGGGCAACAGUUUGCUGUCAAGAUUGUCGAUGUAGCAAAAUUCACUUCAAGUCCAGGCUUAAGUACUGAAGAUCUGAAGAGGGAAGCAAGUAUCUGUCACAUGCUGAAACAUCCUCACAUUGUUGAACUUCUGGAGACCUAUAGUUCUGAUGGAAUGCUAUAUAUGGUUUUUGAAUUUAUGGAUGGUGCAGAUCUCUGCUUUGAAAUUGUAAAGAGAGCAGAUGCUGGUUUUGUGUACAGUGAAGCCGUAGCCAGUCAUUACAUGAGACAGAUAUUGGAAGCGCUGCGCUAUUGUCAUGAUAAUAAUAUAAUUCACAGGGAUGUGAAGCCACACUGUGUACUACUUGCUUCAAAGGAAAAUUCAGCACCUGUAAAACUUGGUGGUUUUGGAGUUGCUAUUCAAUUAGGAGAAUCAGGACUUGUUGCUGGAGGACGUGUAGGAACUCCUCAUUUUAUGGCUCCAGAAGUAGUAAAAAGAGAGCCUUAUGGAAAGCCUGUAGAUGUAUGGGGCUGUGGAGUUAUUCUUUUUAUUCUGCUUAGUGGUUGUUUACCUUUUUAUGGUACAAAAGAAAGAUUGUUUGAAGGCAUUAUCAAAGGAAAAUACAAGAUGAAUCCCAGACAGUGGAGCCAUAUAUCUGAAAGUGCCAAAGAUCUAGUUCGGCGCAUGCUAAUGCUUGACCCAGCUGAGAGAAUAACUGUUUAUGAGGCACUUAAUCAUCCUUGGCUGAAGGAGCGUGAUCGCUAUGCAUACAAGAUUCAUCUUCCAGAAACUGUGGAACAGCUGAGAAAAUUCAAUGCAAGAAGAAAAUUGAAGGGGGCAGUACUGGCAGCUGUAUCAAGCCACAAAUUCAAUUCCUUCUAUGGUGAUCCCCCUGAAGAACUGCCAGAUUUCUCGGAAGACCCAACUUCCUCAGGAGCAGUUUCACAGGUGUUAGACAGCCUAGAAGAAAUUCAUGCACUUACAGAUUGCAGUGAAAAAGACUUAGACUUUCUGCAUAGUGUUUUUCAAGAUCAGCAUCUUCAUACAUUACUAGAUCUCUAUGACAAAAUUAAUACAAAAUCUUCACCACAAAUAAGAAAUCCACCAAGCGAUGCUGUACAGAGAGCCAAAGAGGUACUGGAAGAAAUUUCAUGUUACCAAGAAAAUAGUGAUGCAAAAGAACUUAAACGUAUUUUAACUCAACCUCAUUUCAUGGCCUUACUCCAAACUCAUGAUGUAGUGGCACAUGAAGUUUACAGUGAUGAAGCAUUAAGAGUUACUCCACCUCCCACAUCCCCAUAUUUAAAUGGAGAUUCUCCAGAAAGCAUAAAUGGAGACAUGGACAUGGAGAAUGUCACAAGAGUGCGAUUGGUUCAGUUCCAAAAAAACACAGAUGAACCAAUGGGAAUCACUUUAAAAAUGAAUGAACUGAAUCAUUGCAUUGUAGCAAGAAUUAUGCAUGGAGGAAUGAUUCACAGGCAAGGUACACUUCAUGUAGGGGAUGAAAUUCGGGAAAUAAACGGAAUUAGUGUGGCAAAUCAAACAGUGGAACAACUUCAGAAAAUGCUUAGAGAAAUGAGAGGCAGCAUCACCUUCAAGAUUGUGCCAAGUUAUCGCACUCAAUCUUCUUCAUGUGAGAGAGAUUCCCCCUCUACAUCCAGACAGUCCCCAGCUAAUGGCCAUAGCAGCAUUAACAAUUCUAUUUCGGACUUGCCAUCAACAACACAACCAAAAGGACGACAGAUAUAUGUAAGAGCACAAUUUGAAUAUGAUCCAGCAAAAGAUGAUCUUAUUCCCUGCAAGGAAGCUGGUAUCAGAUUUAGAGUUGGCGAUAUUAUCCAGAUUAUUAGCAAAGAUGAUCACAAUUGGUGGCAGGGUAAACUCGAGAAUUCAAAAAAUGGAACUGCAGGUCUCAUUCCUUCUCCUGAGCUUCAGGAAUGGCGAGUAGCUUGUAUUGCUAUGGAGAAGACUAAACAAGAGCAGCAGGCAAGCUGUACUUGGUUUGGAAAGAAAAAGAAGCAGUACAAAGACAAAUAUUUAGCAAAGCACAAUGCAGUGUUCGAUCAAUUAGAUCUUGUCACCUAUGAAGAAGUGGUAAAAUUGCCUGCAUUCAAAAGGAAAACACUUGUUUUAUUAGGAGCACAUGGUGUUGGGAGAAGACAUAUUAAAAAUACACUAAUUACAAAACAUCCAGACCGAUUUGCAUAUCCUAUUCCACAUACAACCAGGCCACCAAAGAAAGAUGAAGAGAAUGGAAAGAAUUAUUACUUUGUAUCACAUGACCAAAUGAUGCAGGACAUUUCCAACAAUGAAUAUUUGGAAUAUGGUAGCCAUGAAGAUGCAAUGUAUGGGACAAAACUGGAAACAAUACGGAAGAUCCAUGAACAGGGAUUAAUUGCAAUACUUGAUGUAGAGCCUCAGGCCUUGAAGGUCCUGAGAACUGCAGAGUUUGCUCCUUUUGUUGUUUUUAUUGCUGCACCUACAAUUACCCCAGGCAUUAAUGAGGAUGAAUCUCUUCAACGCUUGCAAAAGGAAUCAGAAAUCUUACAGAGAACAUAUGCACACUACUUUGACCUUACAAUUAUCAACAAUGAAAUUGAUGAAACAAUCAGGCAUCUGGAAGAAGCUAUUGAGCUUGUUUGUAAAGCAUCGCAAUGGGUUCCUGUUUCCUGGAUAUAUUAAUCCAAUUACCAGAAGAAUGUGAUCAUUAUUGGAAGCCACCUCAUACUUGGAAAAACCUCUUUGUUAUUGACCUAUGUCAACAGGUCUUGGCCCCUAGAGACUACCUAGAUGUAGUGUGACCUACAUUUAUAAUUAUUGUCAUGUCCUUAUAGCUAGGCAAAAAAUAUGAUAAUUUAAAGAGACAGUAUCUUUUUUAAUCAGUUCUAAAUUUUAUUAAAAUGUAUCUUUAAAUAUAUGUAUUCAAUCUUUUGGAAUGUUAUAUUUUUGGAACUCAUAGCUUUUAAUUUCAAAGCCCCCUAAAACUGCACAAAAUAGAUGCUGCUUUCUAUAAUCUAUUUUAAUAAUAAUGUGAUCUUUACUUUAAUUGGGGGUGGAACAUUGCAUCUUUUAGAGUCUGAUUUUAUGAAUUGGAUUGAGUUGCUUUCCUUUAUUUAUUUGAAAUUAUUAGCCCAAUCAUGACCAGAUCAAUACUUAUAUUCUAAUGGCCUUCUGCUUUUUAAAAUCAUUUUUAGAGUAGCAUUUUGAAGUAUUUUGGUUUAAUAGGCAGAUAAUGUGAUACUGUCUCUUUGAAGAACUCUGUAAAACUGAAUAGAGAUUUGAAGUUGGGUCUUGACUCUUAAUGCAUGUGGACAGUUGCAAGCGUUCAUGCCGUUGGUGUAUCUGUGUUGAAAAACUGUAGUCUACAACCAAGUACAUUCCGUUCAUGGGGGGAAGAUACCCAAGGGAAUAAAAUAAAAUACUAUGACUAAGUUGUAAAACCUAUGCACAUCCCUUGCAUUUUGGGCAAAUUUAUAAACAAAACUCUUAAUUUUUAUUAUUAAUCAUGUAGUGAAAUGUGUUUGUAAUUUUGUCUCAAAUUAAUUUGUUGUAAAGAUGGGAGGGGGAAAAAUUACUGGUUUUGCCAUUUCAGAUCUAUGUUGUCUGAGAGUAUUACCGUUUUAAUUAUGUUUAAGCAAAUAUGCUGAUUUUUAAUAUGUAUGUAAUUGUUUUGAAAAUGCACAUAUUUUAAGAGAAAAUACUGUGCAAUGAAAGAAACCCAGUUUAGGCUUUGCGAUAAAUUAACAGUUCCAAAAAACUCAGCUGCUGCAGCCCUGUAAAUUCUUUUCAGAUUCUAUAUAACCAUUUUUUAAAGUUUUAUUUUAAAUAUACUUCAUUUUACGUGUUCAACGAUUAAAUGCCUUGAGUCAUUCAUUUCAUCACAGGAUUCUACAAUUACUUAAGAAAAACAAUUUUUUGUAGAUAUUUAGAAAAAAGUUCUCUCAUCUUUGUGAUAUUUGACAUUCAUGCUUUAAUUGCACACUCACUCUGCAAAUAAGGGUUGCUUCAUACAUUCAUAUAUUUUAGCACUUGCUUGUAUUAUACAUGCUGAAAAGUAUAUAUUCCCAAAACACAUUGUAAUAAAAUAAAUAUAUGGUUUAGAUUAAAUGGAUUUUCCAAUUGGCCAUGACUCGCUGAGCUAUAUGCUCUGGUUGGAAAAAGUACAACCUUGACAAUGUGUGGAACAGUCCUAAAUCUUAGAUAUGGAGCCUUAAUAAGCAAAUUUUACCAUAAAUUCAUCUCAGGGUUAUUGCUAUAUUCUGAUUUCUCUAACCAAUGUCUUAGCAAGGAUAACAUCUGUUCCCCAUCAUAACAGGAGAUUGUGCAUUAUCAAUCCCAGUUUUUAAUAUCUUUGUGACUCAAAUUUCCGUGUAUCACUGGUAUUACUGUAUCUUGGACUGAUUGUUUUACAUUUUUAUUAUUUAAUAUGGAUUCUUUGCUUUUGUUAUUAAAUUCCAGUAUGUUUUUGAAAAGUGUUAUCUUCAA